UUUGCAACUGAUCUUUGAGCAACAUUUUGCAUUGAAUAACCUCCUUUUUCCUGCUAAACACGACAGAGCAGCGUAAAAAUUACACUCAAGUAGUGACGUUGGUGCCACUGCCCACCCAUUUGGGAACUCGUCUGUCAUCUUUUUCCGUUUUCCCACAAUUGCCAAACACGCCAGCAUUACGACAUGCCACCCAAAAAGCGAGCAAGCACGACGACAACGACAAGUAAGGUGUCACCUAGGAAAAAAACAAAGACUGGGACGGGCCGUGCGAGUCGGUCAAGAGCAAGUACAGGAAAGACUGCUUCGUCAGAGCUGGCACUGGACCAAGAUGCACCAAAACACUUUAGUGCGAUACGAUGUGCUAAAUGGUUUAGCGAGUAUGAAGAUACGGACGAGCCGGGAGUUAUAGGGCCAGAUGGAGUGAUGCGAUUUUGUCAAGAUCUGGGGGUAGAUGCUGCAACGAUUGAGGUAUUAGUGAUUGCAUGGAAGCUCGGAGCGCAGACAAUGGGAUACUUUAAAAAGGACGAAUGGCUACAUGGGAUGAAGAGCCUGGGUGCCGAUUCGACAGCAAAACUGAUCAAGUAUCUCGACCAUUUCCGAGGGAUAAGCGAUAGACCUGAAGAAUUUAAAGACUUGUACAUGUUUGCGUUUGGUUUCGCAAAAGAGAGUGAUCAAAAGAGCUUGAGCAUAGAUCACGCCAAGGGCAUGUGGCAAAUCCUCAUGCCAUCCGAUAGAUUUGCCCAUAUUACCCGCUUUCUCGAAUUCCUGGACGAGGAGCGACCGGUCAAAGUCAUAAAUAAGGACCAAUGGAAGAGUUUUCUUGAAUUCUCCACAACGGUGGCAGAAAAUCUGCAUGACUAUGAUGAGAAUAGUGCUUGGCCGGUCCUAUUUGAUGAAUACGUGAUAUGGAAAAAGAAGCGAUAUCAGGAAAAUGAUUGACACUACUACAUGUCUCAUAGACAUGUCAACACUUGGCUGAGACGGAUUUCUUUUUUUUCUAUGGGGCUGCUUAGAUGAUGGAUGUAUGUAAUGGUGGUUAGUUUCUGUUGUCUUGUAUAAUAUUGUUUGAAGUGUGGGACGGGCAGAAUACACUUGCUAGGGAAGCUUUCGAUGGAUGGCGACAUGGAACGGCA